AUGAAUAUCCGGUUGUUUUUUCUGUUUCUUAUUUACCAUAUAAAUAAUGUGUACUGUAAUUAUUGUGAUAAUGAGUUAUGUGACUACCUGAAUCGGACAGACCCAGCGUCGAGACAGUUAUAUGAAUUCAAACUCCAACACCCGAAACCAAUAGGGAUACUGACGGUCAGUUCAGGAGAGUUUGUAGAGAUAAGACAAACCAAUACAUUCAACUCAGAUCAGUUUAUGAACCAGUUCCAUACAGAUUCAAAUACUCACGCCAAUUGUGAGAGAAUACCUGAAAGAUUUGUUCACGCUAAAGGAGGAGGUGCGUUUGGCUAUUUUGAGGUCACCCAUGACGUAACAAAAUACAUAAGCGCGGAACUGUUUGACACAAUUGGCAAGAGAACACCGUUAGUGGUGCGUUUUUCUACCGCUGUGCAGAAUUUGGGAGGGAAUGACCUUGCUAGGGAGCUAAAAGGAAUGGCUAUCAAAUUUUAUACGCAAGAAGGAAACCUUGACCUCCUAUGUCUCAAUUUUCCAGUAUAUUUUUACAGAGAUCCUGUAUAUUUUGCAUUUUUCAGUCGUGCUUUUAAAAGAAACCCUAAAACAUUCCUAAUGGAUUCCACAAUGGUUUGGGAUUUCGUAACUAAAAGACCUGAUGCAUUACACACUACCUUAUGGUUGUUCUCAGAUUAUGGUAUUCCUAAUGGUUAUAGAAAAAUGGAUGCAUUUCCUAUCCAUACAUACAGGGUGUAUAAUAAACAUGGUGAUACAUACUUCAUCAGAUUCAAUUUCAGGACCGAACAAGGCAUAGAAAAUCUUCCUUCGGAUGUUGCUGCUGAAAUUUCUUCCAGGGAUUUAGAUUAUUACAAUAGGGAUUUGUAUAAUGCUAUUGAGAACAAAACAUAUCCUUCUUGGAGAUUAGACAUAGAUAUCAUGACAUUCGAUGAUGUUAAAAAUGUUGAUUAUAAUCCAUUUGAAAUUAAUAGGAUAUGGAAGAAGGGUACUUAUUUUACAAAGACAGUAGGACGCCUUGUUCUAGACAGAAAUCCUGAUAAUUACUUCAGAGUGGUCGAGCAGGGUGCUUUUAAUCCAGCCAAUUUAGUCCCGGGUAUACCAGGUCCAAUGGACUCGAUGUUUCACAGCAGAAGGCAAUCUUAUCGCGAAGCUCAAAUUUAUCGUUUGGGAGUGAAUCACAACAGAAUUAAAGUCAACCAGCCUUUGUACUUCAAGGUAUACAAUCGUGACGGUGUACCUCCUUUGAAAGAUAACAUGAAAGAUGCACCUGUUUAUUAUCCGAACAGCUUCAGCGGCCCCGUACCAUAUGUAGAUCCAAAUAUGCCUAAAGAAAAGUUAAGAAUUUUCGAAACCACUGCAGUUGAUUUGGAACCGUCUGCAGAUUUUUAUAACUAUAUCUUGAAAACGGACGAUCAAAGGGAGAGACUGGCCAAUAACACUGUCGCAAGGUUAAUAAGUGUGUCCCCGGAUAUGCAAAGAAGGGUUAUACGAUUGUUUAGUUUAACAGACCCUGACUUAGGUAGAAGAGUUGAACGUAUACUGUUGGAAACAUUGGAAAAGCCACCUCCUCCUGUAUUACCUACUCGCGUACUAAAAGUACCCGCAACAAUAAAUUCUAUAUAUGAUAGCAAAAUCAAUGAUGGGGACAAAAAAAUCUCUUCACUUCAUAAUUGA